UUACAUCCUUAAGUACAGAUAUUUCAGGAUUUUUGUCUUAACCAUUUGUGGUUAUUUGAUUUGUUAUUCAUUAACUUUCUAUGUAGAUGUCAAGUUAGGUUAAUUUGAUAUAUUUCUUUUAUAAUAAUUCUAAAAUGUUAAUAUAAUAUUUAAUUUUUAACAGAAUUAUUUUUCUAAUUGGAAAACGAUAUGAAUUGAAAGUGAAGCAAAUUAUUGUAUGUCUGGCAUGAAUUCGUCCUCGGAAAAAUGGUCAUUAUAUUCUGCUUCCCAAAAUCUGUCAGCAGUUUUAAACAACCCCAAUUUAGGAAAGCAAUCUAACUUUUUCGUGAGGACAUGGGGUGACUCGUUUGUCGAAAAAAAUGAAACGGAAGGAAGUCCUUUUCUACUUGAAAUAAACUAUUCACAUUUUGAAAGGUAUCUGAUACAAUAUGGUAAAAGAAUCAAACGACAUAAGAGAUUGCUCCAAUAUAAGUCUUCAAAUAACAAUCUAACAGCAAUUUCCAAAGAUGAAGAUGAUGAAAAAGUUGAUCUUAGGGAAAUUCCUGAUGUAUUCCUCAAAACACAAUUUGAAUUGACUGAUGCUGGCAUUUUCUCAUCUGUUUUCAAAAAUGGUGAAAAAUGUUCAGCAAGUUCUACCUCAGAACUUAUAAAUGACUUGAGUAGAUACCUUGACAUUGUCGAGAUUCAAAUUGCAAAACAUGUAUCCCAAAAAUCGGAUGCAUUCUUUCACACAAUGACUUCUCAUGAUACCAUUAUGGAACAAAUGAAGAACACAUGUAAGGAAGUUCAUAAAUUGAGAAAUAAAUUGCAGAAAGUCGAUCAGCUUGUAGCAAAGGAUCCAUUAUAUUUGAUAGGAUUAAAAAGAAAAAUUGUUAAUCAUAUAAAAGUUAUAAAUAAGUUGAAAUUAAUGUCAACAGUCCUGCAAACCCAACCUAAUAUACAACUUUUAUUGAGUUCAUCUGAUUAUGUUAGUGCCUUAGAGUUGAUAUCUAAUACACAAAAAGUAUUAGCAAAUGAAUUGGCAGGAGUUACUAGUUUAAGGCAUUUACCACAACAGCUCAAAGAAAUGUUGAAAUUGAUUGAUAAAAUGUUGCAUACAGAAUUUGAAAAAUAUGCUGCAGCAGAUCUGCAUAGGCCACUUGAUAACAGUAAAAAAAUGUUAGAAACAGAUCACUUGGUUAGUAUAGUACUAGGAUUACUCAGGCAAAAUCAUACACAAUUCUUAGAAAUUUUUAAGCAAGAAUCAAUUACAGCAGCACAAACUCUCCUCAAACAGUUUAUGAUUGAAGCUCUUGCUGAUGUUGAAGAUGAUGAAGACCAAUGCCUCAGAGGUUCUGGAGAAGUAACUUUAUCAAUGGAUGCAACUCAUUGGAUGAAAGCUCUAACAGCAGCUAGUGAAGCCUUGCAGAAACUUCUUGAGAGAAUAUAUGCAAUGAUGGAAAUUAUCCAGGAAACUGCAGAUUCCAGUGUUGCACCAUCUUCUACCAAAAAAGAUAAUGGUUUCGUUGAUAAAUUCCUCAGUAUAGAAGAUCAUAAGAACAUUAGGAGAAAAUUGCAGGAAUUAUUGGUUUCGAUAUGUGAUUACUGCAAUGAGAGGUUGGCGUCUAUAGUGGGAACUCAAUCUGACCAAAGGCCUUUAUCGUCAUAUCAAAUAUUAGAAUUAUCAAGAACUAUCGAUGUAUUCACAAAAUUUUGUGAAGAAAUUUCAGGAAAACAGAGUCCUGCUUUGAGAGCAGCUUUCAAAAUUCAAGCAGGAAACUACGUCAACAAAUUUCAUUCUCAACGUAAGAAUAAGUUAACAAUGUUAUUGGAUGCUGAGAGAUGGAAGCCAGCAGAAAUACCAUUAGAAUUUCAAAAUUUAGUGGAUAAAAUUUCCACCAAUACUAUUAUAAAAGAAAUACCAUCUUCGCCUAAAGAUGAAGAAAAGAGAGAAUUCCCUAUGAAUAACAAAGUAUCUAAUUCCUUAGUUUUGGACAAUCAGAAUUUUGUUACAGUAGGUACUGUGCUUAUUCUAUUGAGGAUUGUAUUAGAGUAUUGUGUAUGUGGUUAUGAAUUAACUUUAUUAGCUCCUGUAAUUGGUAAAAAUUUAGCUGAACUCUUGAGGAUGUUCAACUCUAGGUCCUGUCAAUUAGUCUUAGGAGCUGGAGCCUUAAAGACUGCAGGUCUGAAAACGAUAACAAGUACCAAUUUAGCACUCACUUCAAGAUCUUUGCAGCUGGUUUUAUGGAUCAUCCCUUUUAUUAGAACCCAUUUCAAUGAAAUAUCCAAUGAUCCAUUUACCUCUUUGAAUAGUGUUGAAAAAGAUAUUCAAAAUCAUAUUCAACAACUAGAAUCUAAAGUAUUGAGUAUUAUGAAUACAUUACUUUACGAUCAACUGACAAAAUGGGAUGCUAAACCACCAGUACCAUCAAAAGCGUUUAGAAAUAUAUCAAGGCAUAUAAUAAAGCUUCAUGAAGCAGUUAGUUCAGUAUUACCUUCUAAGCAAGUGUCAUAUCUUUAUGAAAUUGUUCACAAGGAUUUUAAAUUUGCUCUUAGAGAGCAAUUACUGAGAUUGAAUAUACAGAAUAAUGGAGGACCUCAGCAUGGUUUGGUUACAACAGAAAUAACAUUUUAUUUACAAACAAUGUCUAUGUUAGACAUUCUCCCAGCAGAAAUGCUGACUAAUAAGUAUAUGGAAGAUAUAUGGCAAAAUUAAUAAGGAGAUUCUUAAUAAUAGAUCUAGUAAACAAAAGUUGGGUGUGAUAUCCUGGCUCACGUGAUAAAAGAAUGUAAUAUAUUGUAAUUAUGAAUAAAGUGAUUUAUACAUU